AUGUCUACAUCUAGAAGACACCUCGCAACACAAAUCCACCACACAGCCGCCUUCCCCACCGACCCCAACAAAGAACACAUCGUGAUACUCGGUUCCGGCUGGGGCGGCUACACACUCUCACGCCAGCUCUCCUCGAAGAAAUACGAAGCGAUCGUCAUCUCCCCGCGGUCGUAUUUCGUCUUCACUCCGCUCCUUACGGAUGCUGCGGGGGGGUCGCUUGAUUUCUCGCAUAUCGUGGAACCGGUUCGCGAUCCGAGGUCGAGGGUCGAUUUCAUCCAGGCCGCGGCACGGUCGAUCGAUUUUGCCAAGAAGACUAUUACGUGUGAGGCGACGGUGGUGAAGAGUGGAGUUACGGAGACGCCUCGAAAUGAAACACAUCAGAGGACGCGGGCGUGGGAGACGGGGCAGAUGUUCACUGUCCCGUAUAGCAAGUUGGUGAUAUCUGUGGGGACGGUGACGAAGACUUUUGGGACGCCCGGGGUGCGGGAGAACGCGCUGUUCUUCAAGGAUAUCGGAGAUGCGAGGAAGGUGAGGCGGCGGAUGCGAGAAUGUUUCGAGCUCGCGGUGUUGCCGACGACGUCCCCGGAAUUGCGGAGGCAUUUGUUGCAUUUUGCUAUUGUUGGGGCGGGGCCGACGGGGUCGGAACUUGCGGCGGCGUUGAGGGAUUUUAUCACCAAGGAUCUCAUCGCGCUGUAUCCUGCACUGAAGGGAAUUCCGCGUGUUUCGUUGUAUGAUAUUGCGCCGAAGGUGUUGUCGAUGUUUGAUGAAAAACUGUCCCGGUAUGCGAUGGACACGAUGCGGAAGGAGGGGAUCGAUAUCAAAACGAGUCAUCAUGUGAAGGGGCUGAGGUGGGGGGAACCGCAGGCGGAUCCGCCGUAUGAGAUGGACCCGAAGACGUGUUUGACGUUGACCACGGAAGAGGAGGGGGAUGUGGGCGUGGGAAUGUGCGUGUGGGCGACGGGGAAUGAGAUGAAUCGGUUUGUUCGGGAGGCGCUAACGGACGUAAAUGUCUUCCCGGGUGAGUCGGCGAUACUGAAAGAUGGUGAGGGUGUGGAUCUAGAUCUGGGAAAGUCUGAAUGGCAUGUCAAGAAAGCACCCCAGGGUGGUGCGCUCCUUGUCGAUGGACAAAUGCGCGUGCAGUUGGAGGAUAAAGAUGGGAAGAUGGUCGUGCUGCGCGAUGUGUUUGCCCUGGGGGACAACGCCGUGCUCGAGACCGGGGCACCACCAGCAACGGCGCAGGCGACGUCCCAGGAGGCCAAGUGGCUUGCAGCACGGUUGAAUAAGGAGGAUUUCGAGACAGCGCCAGGGUUUUCAUUCCGGAACAUGGGGACGCUGGCGUAUAUCGGAGAUGCGAAGGCGUUGAUGCAGAUCCCGCACGACGGAGGCAACAAAUAUCUCCCCGAGGGGUUGACGGGUCGGAUGGCGUGGUUUGUAUGGAAUUCGGCAUAUCUGACGAUGAGUAUCAGUUGGAGGAAUAAGUUGCGGGUUGCGUUUCGAUGGCUGAUGAACAAUUUGUUCGGAAGGGAUGUGUCCAGGUAUUGA